AUGAGCGCCUACACCACCCUCUUCGAGACUGUCGCCCGCUUCUCCAUCAAGCACAUUGGUGCUGAGAAGACCUAUGAGGUCUUCACCUCUGUCGUUCUGCUCCUGGUCCGCCUCAAACAACUUCAGAUCGCCAUGGGUCACAGCAGUCUGCUGGCCUAUCUCAUAAUCACCAUCAUCGUCGCCAUCGUCGUCUCUGUCAUGGCCUCAUCAAUCACCAUCCGCGUCGGCUGCCCCAUGUUGGUGCUGGCAAUCCUCCUGCUCGCCAUCGACGCCGAGCUGGCCUCGUACGGCCUCUCGCUCUAA